AACAAACAGUUCUGUGCAUAGCUACCUCCUGCCUGUCUUACAGGGCACCCAUCAGUCUAUGUUGAGCAUCAUCCAAACAUUCUACAGAACUUCUCCCUUCUAGUUUGGUAGCGCAGUAAUUCUUUUUUGCCUGCAUAGAUUUACCUGAACUACUGGAUAUCUCAUUGCUGUUUAACAUGAUGAGGAUCUACUGUGCUCUUGUCUUCAUCUCUUCAGCACUUUCCCUCUGCCGUGCAGAAGCCUGCAGCCAUUUGGGGUCCUGUAUUAGCUGUAUGGAAGGGGAGCCAGCUCUAAACAUCUCCUGCAAAUGGAUAACUUGUGGACCCUCAGAAAAUAGCAGCUGUAUCUCCCAUGAGAAGCAACCGGAAGAAUUAUGCCGAAUAUCAAACACAAGCAGCAUGUGCACAGUACCAGAGAAAAUUUCGACCGAGAUGUCUCCAGAGGAUGGUCCAGAGCCUCCUGCUUCCAGUCAUCCAGUCUUCCAUACAGGCAGCUUCAUUGGUGGAGGUCUCUUGGUUAUUAUAUUACAAGUCAUUGGAUACUUUGUCUUGAGAAGCCUGCGAGGAACUGAGAGAGACUACCAGACCAUGGAGGAUGCGUCACAAUAAAAUUUCAACAGAUGCUGAAUAUAAUGAAUCUCUGUGACUUCCCGUCCAUGUAUUUCCAAGGCUUUAAAGAGAGAUGUUUAACUAAAAUGAACAUUUUGAACCUGAUGACAUUUCGUGUUGACCUGCUGGAAAAAAAAUAUAAAUUCCUUUGCCUAUUCAUCUCCUAAAAUAAUCAGCUUUUUUAAUGCAUAUAUCUUCAUGUAACAGAUCCAUAUAAUAUUUAUCUCUCACUUGAAGUCAUUCUCUGUAUAACCUUCUCUCUCUCCAAAUAACAUUCCAAUAAAUGGUUUUAACUAUCCCUAUAA